CUAGGUCGACAUUCCAGUGUUCUCUCCAAAUCCAAAACCCUCUGGCUAGGGUAUAACGGAGUAGAGAAGCCGUUGAGAACAGAGAAGAAGGAGGCGCCAAUGGGGGAACCACGACAGGAAAGCGUUCCAGUCUUGCCAUGGAUGAGGCAACCAGUUGACGUCAGUCACUGUGAAGAAUGCCCUCUAGAUCUCCUGCCUUGCCUUGAUCCCAGGCUGAUGGUCGCGCUGCAGGAGUUGGGUUUCUCAUCGCUCUUUCCAGUACAAGUUGGCGUGUGGCAGGAAACAAUCGGCCCUGGCGCCUUUGAGCGCGACCUCUGCAUAAAUUCGCCCACUGGCAGUGGUAAAACGUUGGCCUACGCAUUGCCUAUUGUGCAAGCGCUUUCGAAUCGCACCGUCAGAUGUUUGCGCGCUUUGGUGGUCUUGCCUACGCGUGACUUGGCCUUGCAGGUGAAGGAAGUGUUUGCUGCAAUUGCACCGGCGGUGGGCUUAUCUGUUGGUCUGGCAGUGGGGCAAUCUUCAGUAGCUGAUGAAAUAUCCAAACUGAUUAAGAGACCUAAGCUCGAGGCGGGUAUCUGUUACGACCCAGAUGAUCUUCCACAGGAAUUAGAAAGUUCGGUUGAUAUAUUGGUCGCAACGCCGGGUAGGCUUAUGGACCAUAUCACAAGUACUAAGGGAUUUACGCUUGAGCACCUCUGCUAUUUAGUGGUUGAUGAAACUGAUAGAAUGCUCAGGGAGGCAUACCAGUCUUGGCUUCCUACUGUUCUUAACCUAACUCGCUCUGAUGAAGAAGGCCCUGUCCCAUGUAUUAACAGUUUUCUGCCAUCUGCAUUUGGUCCGUUGAAAACCAUAAGAAGAUGUGGCGUUGAAAAGGGGUUUAAGGGGAAACCUUAUCCCAGGCUUGUGAAAUUGGUUUUAUCUGCCACAUUAACCCGAGAUCCAAGCAAGCUCGCUCAACUUGAUCUACAUCAUCCUUUGUUAUUGACAACUGGGAAGAGGCGUUACCAGGUUCCUGAAAGAUUAGAAUCCUACAGUUUGAUGUGUGAGUCUAAGCUGAAGCCCCUGUACUUGGUUGCUGUUCUACAAAGUUUAGGAUCGGAAAAGUGCAUUGUCUUUACCUCAUCAGUGGAAUCUACCCACCGGCUUUGCACCCUAGUGAACUUCUUUGGUGAUUUGAAACUCAAUAUCAAAGAGUAUUCUGGUCUCCAACGUCAAUCUGUGAGAAGCAAGACAUUAAAAGCCUUCAGGGAAGGGAAGGUACAGGUGCUUGUUUCCUCUGAUGCAAUGACUCGAGGAAUGGAUGUUGAAGGGGUGAGAAACGUUGUCAAUUAUGACAUGCCUUCAUAUGUCAAGACCUACAUACAUAGGGCUGGUAGGACAGCUAGAGCAGGUCAAAAGGGCCGUUGCUUCACAUUGUUGGAUAAAGUGGAGGUCAAGCGCUUCAAGAAACUCUUACAGAAAGCUGGCAUCGAUUCAUGUCCCAACUACUCUGUGCCUUCUGACUCUCUCGAGUCACUUCGAACUAUUUAUCCUUCCGCGUUGGAGAAACUAAAGGAGAAAGUUGAAUCGGAAACAUCUAAGAAGCGGAAACUUGCCCCUAAGUCUUCUAGAAGAAGCCAAGCAGAGGGAAAAAAAUCAAGGAAUGAUCAUUAAAUUAUCUAUUCUGGCCCCGAUCUAUGCGCCAACUGUACAGAUAGAGUUUACAAAAAGACCUCCCAUCUGCUGCAACUCCAGUCAAGAAACAUCUCUGACCAAAACAAACAUUGUUCCCCUUUCACCACUGGGAAAAAAAGAAAACAAAAGGGGAGAAUUGAGAAUGCAAAACUGCAUUUCUUCUACAAGUCACAGACAGGAAAGUCUCUGGUAGAAGCAUCAUCUGUGGUCUUUCAGAGAUCAAAAAGUGAUCUUUGGAUCCCGGUGAGCAAGUGCUCGGAUUUAGCAGCAGCAGCAGAAGAAGAGGAAGAGGCAGUGGAGGUGUUGUUAUUAGGAGCUGCAAAAGUGCGGGACCUGGUGGAGAGAGCAUCAAAGCUGGCAGUGGUGGUGUCUCUCUCUUCUUCCUUGAUGGUAUCCAUCAUCUUGGAUGCUCUGCGCCUCAUGACACUAACAUACUGUGACGGUGCUACCUCUGUGAUGAACCUUGCUAUGCGGGCAUUCGCCAUUUCUUUUGGUAAUAAAUUCUUUGAAGUUAUCAGAAACAGGAAAGAGAAGAGAAAGCGGGAAGAGGAAACUGGUUUGUGUUGUGUAGGAAAGAAGCUAAGAGAAGAGAUGGAGUUGGGAUGAGCAAGAAGCAGCAGAAAGGGUAAGAUUUAUAAGGGCAGAUUCGUGGGCUUGCAUCGAGUAAAGGGUCCUGGUCAAUGAGAAAUUGGGGUGUCGUAGUGGCAAAGUAAUGUUUUAUCAGCUAGUGCCGCAUCUUACUUUUGGUAUUAAUUGUUGAACAAAUGGGUGAUGCCUCUUGAAAGAAAGACUGGAGUAGGGUUUUUGGUUACGUGUCAUGCGCAGUGUGGAAGAUGCGAUGAUCUCCCAAAGAUAUGGUUUUUGUCCGGGAAUCUACCUUCCAAACGAGCACUUUUCUUGUGGGGUUAAGGCACUAAGGAUGGCUGCCAUCUGUCGUUUCUUCUGUCUGUUGCUCAUUUCUAAAUUCUAAGGGUGGUAAUUCAAUUCAACGGACGGCCAAGAUAGCUUUGUGUAUUCAUCAUGCCUUCUGGCUGUACGUGUCUCUCUUCAGUAGGGAAUUAACAGUGGAAAACUUGCUGCCGAAUGAAACGAUCUGAAUGAGAGAUCAAAACGUUAGUGGGCUUUCCUUUUCAGUCAUGGCCUAUUGGCUUUCGGUAAAGUUGUAUUUUGGGUCAUAUCAGUUGGCCUGUUACGAUCGGGUCAGGGCUUAUGCCGUACGAGUUCAUGCACUUGAAGGAAAAGCAGUGGUCGUUUCCUAUCGUGACUCAUCGAGGAACUGGAAAGUUUUGAUGUUUAUCCACAAACAGAAAACAGGAUUGGGUUGUGUUGUUAAAUCAAAGGUAUGUAUAACUUGUUGUAAAUUGAUUAUUCAUAAUUAAAAAUAUUUGAUUGUCAUGUUAUAGAAGGAAAAUGAAGCCUAGAGU